AUGAGCGGCAAUGGACAAACAAGAAAGCCUGGAGAGAAGUUGGUUCCGCCGGAAGGCAUGACCAAGUCAGCGUAUAAGAAGCUUUUGAGAAAACAAAGACACGCAGAGACCAAGGAACAAUACAGAGAACACAGGAAACAACUGAAAAAACAGAAGGACGCAGAGCGCAAAGCAGAAAUUGAAAAGUUGAAGGCUAAAGGUGAACCAUACGAGCAUCUACUCAAGCCAAGAAACAAGAAUAAGCUUCACAAGAAAAUCGAAUAUGGAGAUGUCCACAUUGAAGCAAAUCCGAUUGAAAAUAAGAAAAAAAUUGGAAUAGUUAUUGAUUGUGCAUAUGAUGACUACAUGAAUGAAAAAGAAGUUGUGAGUUUGAGCUCUCAGAUAACUAGGGCAUAUUCAACCAACAGAACGGCUGUUAAGGCCUACUAUGAUUCUGAAUUGGCAAGGCUACAAGAUGAAAGUCGCAAGCAUGAAAAAUCACUAAACGAAAAAAUGGGCAUUGCUCCGUCUGCAAGACUUGUUAUUAGUGGUGUAGACAAAAGGUUGAAAAAAAGAUUUGAUAAGGUGUUACCAGACUAUGCCAACUGGGAUCCUGAAUGUGCGGUAUUGACGGAAGUGAAUCUUACAGAGGUUUUGGAUAACUGGGAUGGAUCAUCUGGACAGGAUUACUCGAAUGUCGUGUAUCUAUCUGCAGAUGUUGAUGAAAAGAUUGAAGAGCUUAAACCUGGGGAAACGUAUAUUAUUGGGGGUAUUGUUGACAAGGGGCGCCAUAAGAAUCUCUGUAAGAGUACUGCGGAGGGUCUUGGGAAGAAUAUUCGGAUCAGAAGGCUGCCAAUUGAUGAGUACAUAAAACUAAGUGGACGUAAAGUACUAACAACUGCCCAUGUUGUUGAGCUUCUAUUGAAAUGGUGUGACUACAAGGACUGGAAAAAAGCGUUUGAAGAGGUUCUACCUCAAAGGAAGAUGGGCAACGGAUGUGAAGGUGAAGGUGAAGGUGAAGGUGAAGGUGAAGGUGAAGAUGAAGAUGAAGAUGAAGAUGAAGAUGACGAUGGUGAUGGUGAUGGUGAUGAAGACGAAGAUAGAGAUGGGGAUAAAGAGAAUGUCAAUAUUAAUGGGAUGCACGACGAUAUAGACGGAAUUGAUAACAAAGGCAGGGAUGAGGAGAAAACAGAUAAAAUAGUAUAG